GAGCAGCAACAACAGCACAGCGGCAAGAGCAAAACAUCGCAACAUCGUAGCAGCAGUGGCAGCAGCAGCAGCAACAGCAACAUCACUGUGGCAACCGCAACAGCGCAGCAGCAACAUCAGCAGCACGUGUGCCCUGUGCCCCAAAGUGCGUUUCCAUUUGCAAAGAGCAAAGUUUUUCUUUUUUUUUACAAGUGUUACUUUUUGUUAGUGUGUGCACCCAAAGUGCUCGAGAAAACGUAAGAAUCGUAAGAAUAAAUACAAAAUAAUUGCGAAAAUAAUGCCGUACCACACGAAAAAUAGUAAAAGCAAAUCAAAGUGCACAACUGUUAAGUGAAGUGAAGUGAUCGCCGUAGAAACACUUGAGACUUGAGACUCGGACUAUAACUAAACCAGACUGCUUGCUGCAGGGCCCCAUAAAACCUAAAAAGGUAUCUCCGGAAAACAAAUAAUAAAAGUACGGGGGCGUCGAGUUUGUCAAAUCCAGAUCAAGAAUAGCCAAAUGACAAAUUCCAUAAAUGGCCAUCCUAUGGAAAUAAGAAAUAAAAUUAAUCGCUUUUCGAGAUAGUUAUCAUCGGUUUUCGUAUAAGCGAUUCGCUGAUUAUUCGGCUCCAAGUAUUUGUUGUUAAAAUCUAAAAGAAGUGUUCGGUGAUUAACAAUACUUGAAGGGCUAGGGGAAAAUCUCUAAAUGCGGCAUUCCCCGAGGAAGAUUUGAAGAUCAAAGGGUGAGGUAGAUGGGGAAGGAAUAGGAAAUGCAGUGGAAGAAAAGUAAAUCGCGAGAGAUUUCACAACACAGAAAUACAAAUCUGUGAUGUACUUCUUAAACAUUUCUAUACAUAUCAGAUAUUUACCUUGUGAAUCAUAAUUCGCUUACGAUAAAGACAUUUCUAUACACAAAACUGUAUAGCUUUAGGACCACUAAAGGAAAGUUCUUUGAUCCCUUAAGUUCGAUCAAAAGUUUCGAUGACUCAAAAACAAAUCACAAUUGCUAAAAAGCAAACAAAAGACAAGAAACUAGUCAAAGUUUUGAUAUCACUUGCUAUCGUGCGCAAACAGCAACAACAAUUAGCGUAAUAAACGUAUAAACUGUAUAAAAAAUGUGUCGAAUACCCGGAUACCACAGAGGGUAAAUCUGAAGGGGGAAAACACAUAUUUUAACUGAGAAGUCCACUUCUGGCAGCUUCUGUGUGUCGUUUCUCUUUAAUUUGUUUUAGUUGUUUUAUUCUUUGUCUUUUUCUCUUUAUUAUUAUAUUUCACUUACUUUGCCCUCACUUAGUCAGCCGAACGAAAGGCGAAAUGCGGCCGUCUGUCUAAGAAUUUUUGGCAGCAAUCAAAAUUAUUAGACGUCGUCCACAUAGAAAGCCCCCGAUGGCAACAACUGUGCCACACAAUGGGCUAUGAAAAUUAACACAUUUUGACGAACUUAUGUGCGGCUGGCAAAACAAUUUAAAAAUAUGUCUUUUCUUUUCCUUCCCCGAGAUCAAGAAAACUAAAUGGGACACACCUGCAAUUGAACGAAUUUUAGGAAUUAGGAGCUUUCUCUAACAUAUUAUCUUCUCUAAGCUAAAAGGCCCAACUAAAUAAAUAUUAAAGUGGUCUAUAGGAAACAGAGAGAUGCUGUCAAAUUCCCCAAAAAAUCACCCCAGAGAAUUAUGAAAAAGAAAGUUUUUUGCUAAUCCAGUAUAAAAGCCAAGAUGCCCCAAGCAAAAAGGAAAAACCCAAAAAAAAAAAAAAAUAAUAAAAUAAAUGAAAACAGACAGGGAGCCAGAGGAAUUCGUCAAAAUUGAAAUGCUUGUGGGUUUGCUGUCUAAGUGCUCGUCUCGCAUAAUUAACGCAUUCCCUGGUGCAAUAAAUGCUGUAUGGCAAUGAGGUAUCUGGUAUCUCGUAUCUUGAAGAUAUAUUCCUGAGGAUGUGGAUGUGAAUGUGGAUGAGGAUAAGGAUGGGGGUCACAUAAUCACCAUGUUAGCUGGGCUUAAAAUUCAUUUCGCUGGCAACAAAAUAGCGGCGAACACAAGACCGAAAACACAGAACUUAUUUAUAAAACUGAGCAGUCGAGUGGAUGAAUAUGCCGCUCCUUCCGCCCGCUCCCGUACUUUAUUUAUUUUGUUUGUUAUUUUUUUCGUUGCGUUUGGGCCCUGAAACGAACGGAACGAUAAAAAUAAACCAAAAACCAAACUGCGGACGAGACAAAACUGUAUUUCACCAAAAAAAAACAAAAAAAAAGAAAAGCAACCAAAAACACGAAAAGUCGCAAAGGUGUAAAAUAUAUAUUGAAAAUGUUGAAUUUCCCCUUUGUUUGCAUUGCGCGUUAAUUUCCACAGCAGCAGAGAUAAAUACAUAAAACGCCGAGAAAUUCAAGAGAAAAGGCAGAAAAAAGUUAAGGCUAAAAAGCAAUUAAAACAAAUUGUGCCGUAAGUCAAGUCGGUGGGCUUACAGCCCAGUCCCCCGCAAAAAAAAACAAAGAAAACUGAAAAAAAAAACUCCGAAAUACACAAGGAACCACCGCAGGAUCCACAGGACACAGUACCACCCACCGAUCCCAAAAGAAGCGUACGCGAAAAACGUGAAAUAAAAGGAAACCAUGUCCCAGGAGAGUAAUGGUGGCCAAGCAGCAUCAGGAGGAGGUGGCGGAGGAGUAGGAGGCGGUGGAACUGGAGCUGGAGCAGCAGCACCACCACAAUACAUAAUAACCACACCCAGCGAGGUGGAUCCCGACGAAGUGCGCUCCAUGGCCGAUUUGGAGCUGGGAUCCCCCGAAAAGCAGGUGCAGGUACAGAGCCAAAAGUUCUCCAGCACAUCGAGCACCACCAAGGUGGCCACGCACUCCUUUUCGAUGAGCAGUAGUGCCGGCACUACUGUGCAACAAAGCAAACAGGAUAGCGCCCAGCAAAUCCAGCAGAUUCAACAGCUUCAGCAACUCCAGCAGCAGCAGCAAUCCCAGAGAAUCAUAUCCAGCUCGACGAGGAGUCAGAGCCUGCAGUCCAGCACGAUUGUGGGCGAGGCCACCACCAUUUCGAGCGGAGCCGCCCAGAUGCUCAGUUCCUCGGCGGCGGCUUCGCUGGCCCAGCAGCUGAAGGCCCAGAGCUCCACCUCGAUCAUCACCAGCAGCGAGCAGAGGACCAGCACGAGCACCAGCAGCAGCAGCAGCACCCGCUACAUAGCCAGCGGCUCCAGCAACCUGGCCGGCGGCAACUCCAACUCGGCCAGCAGUAAGACUCGCUUCCAGAGUUUCCUCCAGCAGCCGGAGGGUGCCCACGGAUUUCUGACGGCCCACCAGAAGCACGUACGCCAGUUUGUGCGCUCCACAUCGGCGCACUCGGAGGCGGCAGCCGGAAUGGCUGGAACACGGCCUGAGAAGUGCAUCCGAAGCGCCUCCACCCAGAUCGAUGAUGCCAGUGUGGUUGGCGGUGUGGAAUCGGCCGGCAACUUGACUGACAGCUCCGCCACCGGUGGAUCCAUGCAGCUGUCGAUGAGCAAGCUGGGCCUGCAGCAGUCCUCCUCCAUUCUGAUCUCCAAGUCGGCGGAAACGAUCGAGAUGAAGAGCUCGUCGGCGGGCAUGCGCACCCAGUUGACCUUGAGCGGUGGCUUCUUGGCGCCGCCGGGCAGUCGCAAAAUUACCAUCUUGAGUCCCAUACACGCGCCGCCCGGUCUGCACGAUAUGCUCAAGCGGGCCCAAGGACGAUCGCCACUCUCGCCCAGGAUCAGCUUCCCCGGCAGCGAUUCGGACCUCUUUGGCUUCGAUGUAGAAAAUGGCCAGGGCGCUCGAUCACCGCUCGAGGGCGGCUCUCCCAGCGCCGGUUUGGUACUACAGAAUUUGCCGCAGCGCCGCGAAUCGUUUCUAUAUCGCUCAGAUUCGGACUUUGAGAUGUCGCCAAAGUCCAUGUCCCGAAACUCAAGCAUCGCUAGCGAAAGGUUUAAAGAACAGGAAGCCUCUAUACUCGUUGACCGAUCCCACGGCGAGGAUCUCAUUGUGACGCCUUUCGCCCAAAUUUUAGCCAGCUUACGUUCAGUGCGCAACAAUUUAUUAAGUCUGACAAAUGUUCCAGCAUCAAACAAAUCCAGGCGGCCCAACCAAUCCUCGUCGGCCUCGCGAUCGGGAAACCCCCAAGGAGCCCCGCUGUCCCAGGGCGAGGAGGCCUACACCCGCCUGGCCACCGACACCAUCGAGGAGCUAGACUGGUGCCUCGACCAGCUGGAGACCAUCCAGACCCAUCGCAGCGUCUCCGACAUGGCCUCGCUCAAGUUCAAACGCAUGCUCAACAAGGAGCUGUCGCACUUCAGCGAGUCCAGCAGAUCGGGAAAUCAGAUUUCCGAAUAUAUAUGUUCCACUUUUUUGGACAAGCAGCAGGAGUUCGACUUGCCCUCGCUGCGCGUGGAGGAUAACCCGGAACUGUUGGCCGCCAACGCAGCCGCUGGUCAGCAGUCCGCCGGACAGUAUGCGCGCUCCCGCUCGCCGCGCGGCCCGCCCAUGUCGCAGAUCAGCGGCGUGAAGAGGCCACUGUCGCACACGAACAGCUUCACCGGCGAACGGCUGCCCACCUUCGGUGUGGAGACACCCAGGGAAAAUGAGCUGGGCACCCUGCUCGGCGAACUGGACACCUGGGGCAUUCAGAUAUUCAGCAUCGGCGAAUUCAGCGUCAAUCGACCGCUCACCUGUGUGGCAUACACCAUAUUUCAGAGUAGAGAAUUACUGACCAGUCUUAUGAUACCACCGAAAACUUUUCUUAACUUUAUGUCUACUCUGGAGGACCACUACGUCAAAGACAAUCCGUUUCACAAUUCACUGCAUGCCGCCGACGUGACCCAAAGCACCAACGUGCUACUCAACACACCGGCGCUGGAGGGCGUAUUCACACCGCUCGAAGUGGGCGGGGCGCUGUUCGCCGCUUGCAUCCACGAUGUUGAUCAUCCCGGCUUAACCAAUCAGUUCUUGGUUAACUCAAGUUCCGAACUAGCAUUAAUGUACAAUGACGAAUCUGUUUUGGAAAAUCAUCAUUUAGCUGUUGCCUUUAAAUUAUUACAAAAUCAAGGAUGUGAUAUAUUCUGUAAUAUGCAAAAGAAACAACGCCAAACAUUGAGGAAAAUGGUUAUUGAUAUUGUGCUGUCUACGGACAUGUCCAAGCACAUGAGUCUGCUGGCCGACCUUAAGACAAUGGUGGAAACCAAGAAGGUGGCCGGCUCCGGCGUACUGCUGUUGGACAACUACACCGAUCGCAUACAGGUGCUUGAGAAUCUGGUGCACUGCGCCGAUCUGAGCAAUCCCACCAAGCCGCUGCCGCUUUACAAGCGCUGGGUAGCCCUGCUCAUGGAGGAGUUCUUCCUACAGGGCGACAAGGAGCGCGAAUCGGGCAUGGACAUCAGUCCCAUGUGCGACCGCCACAAUGCCACCAUCGAGAAGUCGCAGGUGGGCUUCAUCGACUACAUCGUCCACCCACUUUGGGAGACCUGGGCGGACCUGGUGCACCCGGAUGCCCAGGAUAUACUCGACACGCUUGAAGAGAACAGAGACUACUACCAGAGCAUGAUACCGCCCUCGCCGCCGCCAUCGGGCGUCGAUGAGAAUCCGCAGGAGGACAGGAUACGCUUUCAAGUAACCCUUGAGGAGUCCGACCAGGAAAACCUCGCCGAGCUGGAGGAGGGCGACGAGAGUGGUGGGGAGAGCACCACCACUGGCACCACCGGAACCACCGCCGCCUCCGCGCUAAGCGGGGCUGGUGGCGGUGGCGGUGCAGGCGGGGGUGUGGCACCUAGAACGGGUGGCUGCCAAAACCAACCGCAACACGGUGGAAUGUGACGGAGAGUCGUGGGAAUUUAUCGCAAAUUACAGGAAAAGGCUCACAACUUUUUCCUAUUACGUUAGUGACUACUAUUAACACAAAAAAAAACCAAACAAAAACCUAAAACAAAAAAAAACAAAGAAAAACUCUUGGAAAAAAUGCAAAAAAAAAAAUACAAAAAAAAACCAAAAACCCAAGUAAGGAAAUAUUAUACCAAUGUUUAAAUGCAUACAAAAAUCCAAACAGCAAUAGCAAAACUACCGUUAAACCUUUAAAGUCUAGAGAAAAUCGACAAAGGAAAAGAAGUUUACUUAAUGGAACCCGAGAUUGAUGUUAAAAAUACACUGAAAAAUGGAGGAGGAGGCAGAGCUAACUAAGAAAAAUCAAUAAGUACAUAUUGUUAAACACAUAGACACACUAAAUUCAAGACAAAGCAAAGAUAAUGAGAAAAAAAAUUGAUAAGUAAUAAUAAGACGAUACCAAAACUCCCGCCCCAAACCCUAAGAAACCCUCUCUUACCCCUCCCCUUUAUAUAUACAAUUUUUGUUGCAUGUGUAGGAAAAUGAUUUUUGUCAAAUUCAUCUGAAGUAGUAUAUCAAUCAGAGGAAGGCCCGUAGCAGAGUCUCCUCUUUUAAUCCAUUGACUAAAGUGAAAUAUUUAACGCAGAGAAUCAGGCAAACGAAAAGGAAUAAUUAAUACGACCUAGCUUAAGAGAAGUUAUUAAGUUUUUAAUGUUUUGCAUGCACCAAAUAGAUUUAUUUUACUUGAUUGAAAACGCUAGAUCUAACUGAUAAACUGAUAACAGCAGCACAUGGAGUUUUUUAUAAUUUAGACCACAGCGAUAGAAGCGAAAGAAAAUCAACCAUGUAAAGUGUAAAAACCCAGUGAAUUAAACCAAAAUUGAAAGCCAA